ACGCAUGCGCUGAUUUGUGUUUGUUUUCCUGACAGUCGCGGCCGUGUUGCGCAUCAAACUGCCAGAAAUCAGCGAGACUCGCAGAUGGAGCAGCAGGCGAAGUCGUACAUGUUUGCGAGCCUGACGCGGCCCCAUUCUGAGCAGCUCCUGCAGGGUCUGCAGCUCCUCCGGCAGGAUCAUGAGCUCUGUGAUAUCGUGCUGCGCGUGGGCGACGCAAAGAUCCACGCACACAAGGUGGUGCUGGCCAGCAUUAGCCCAUACUUCAAGGCCAUGUUCACUGGAAACCUGUCCGAGAAGGAGACCUCCGAGGUGGAGUUCCAGUGCAUCGACGAGGCCGCACUCAAGGCUAUAGUGGAGUACGCAUACACAGGCACCGUCUUCAUCUCACAGGAAACAGUGGAGUCUCUACUUCCUGCCGCCAACCUGCUGCAGGUGAAGCUGGUGCUGAAGGAGUGCUGCAGUUUCCUGGAGAGUCAGCUGGAUGCCGGAAACUGCAUCGGCAUUUCCCGCUUCGCCGAGACCUACGGCUGCCACGACCUGUGUCUCGCCGCCAGCAAGUUCAUCUGCCAGCACUUCGAGGAGGUGUGUCAGACGGAGGAGUUCUUCGAGCUGACGCGCGCCGAGCUGGACGACAUCGUGUCGAACGACUGCCUGAACGUGCUGACGGAGGAGAGCGUCUUCUACGCGCUGGAGUCCUGGAUAAAGUACGACGUGUCGGAGCGGCAGCAGCAUCUGGCUCAGCUCCUGCACUGCGUCCGGCUGCCGCUGCUCAGCGUCAAGUUCCUGACGAGACUCUACGAGGCCAAUCACCUGAUCCGGGACGACCACGCCUGCAAACACCUGCUCAACGAGGCGCUCAAGUACCACUUCAUGCCUGAACACCGGCUCUCCUACCAGACCGUCCUGUCCACACGGCCCCGCUGCGCUCCCAAAGUACUGCUCGCUGUGGGGGGGAAAGCAGGCUUGUUCGCCACGCUGGAGAGGUGA